UGCUCUCGGGGCCUGGCGGGGCUUCCUCGAGGGGUUUACCGAACGCCACGGCGGGCCAGGCCCCGGCUGGGCAGUCUCGGGGGGCAUGGAGUGGAGACCGGGCUCCGGGGAAGCGGCGCGGAGUCGCGUCUGAGCGCGGCAGGGUCCGGGCGGGAGCUCAGCCCGCGCGGCCCGGCCCGGCUGUUGGCGGGCUCGGCCGCCUUCGCGCGGAGCCUCUCCAAGUACGGGCAGCGGAGCACCCGCGGCCGCAGUCCGCGAUGGGGCCUUCCGCGGAGAGGGGCGUCCUUUGUCUUCUCUCCCGGCCUCUACCCUGGCGACCCCGGCGGUCUGGUUCCUGCCGUAGGCGCUGACGCUAUGGAAGCCCAGCGCUUGAGGAAUUCUCGAAUAAAACCGAGCAGACCACUGUGGGAUGCGUCUGGUCUUACUGGAAAGAUGAAACCUGAUGACACUCCUAUGUUUGACCCAAGUCUACUCAAAGAAGUGGACUGGAGUCAGAACACAGCUACAUUUUCUCCAGCUAUUUCCCCAACACACCCUGGAGAAGGUCUGGUUUUGAGGCCUCUUUGUACUGCCGACUUAAACAGAGAAUCUUUUGAGCAUAUGAGGAAAUCUGGGGACUAUUAUGUUACAGUUGUAGAAGAUGUGACCCUAGGACAGAUUGUUGCUACUGCAACUCUGAUAAUAGAACAUAAAUUCAUCCAUUCCUGUGCUAAGAGAGGAAGAGUGGAAGACGUUGUUGUUAGUGAUGAAUGCAGAGGAAAACAGCUUGGCAAAUUAUUACUAUCAACUCUUACUCUGCUAAGCAAGAAACUGAACUGUUAUAAGAUUACUCUUGAAUGUCUACCACAAAACGUUGGUUUCUAUAAAAAGUUUGGGUAUACAGUAUCUGAAGAAAACUACAUGUGUCGGAGGUUCCUAAAGUAAAAAUGCUGAAGGCUUUACUCUUUGUAGAGUUACAACAUGUUGUUGCUACAACACAGUGACCUCCCUACAGACUGGACUGAAAUAAAAAGCAUCAUUAAUACAAGUGUAAUGACAUUAAAAGAUUACUCUGGGCUGGGACAUAUUGUGAGUUUAGAUCACAAAUGAAUUAUUAUAAAGGGGGUGAUUUUUAACCAAAGGAAUAUAUUUUUAACUUGAAUCUUUUCUUGCAUUGUAUUUUUCUAAAGUUUGGCUUCAUUUCCUAGUGGUCAAGUACAUUUAGCAAGUUUACAUGUCUGCUUUAUGUGCUGCUCACUAAAAAUAAAUACAUUUACUAAGGUUGUUUCUUACCAUACUCUUAAAAUUAGGUGUUGUUUUUUCCAAAGAAAUCUGUAGACAUUAAGGGUUUACCAUGUUACAUGAAAUGAGAUAAACUGGCUAUUAUAAUUAUUUAUACACUGGAAAUUCUUGACCUUAAUACUUACUGGGAAGCUUUUAAAAUGAAGUAGAAAUAGGCGUGGCUCAAGUGGCAGAGUGUCUGCCUAGCAAGCUCAAGGCCCUAAACAAAGUACUGCCAAGAAAAGCAAGCACAAGAAAUGAGAAUGAUCUCAUAAAAAAAUGUGACUAGAUGCUAGGUAGAAUAAUUUAAAUGUUUUACUAAAAACUUAUAUGGUUCUGUGUAAACAACUGCUUAUCUGUCAAAUACAAUUGUUAAAACUACCCAAGAGCAAAUAUUACAGGGCAUCACUUUUAAACAGUGAAUUAACAACUCAGCAUAUAGAUCCUUUCUCACCCCCUGGAUAUCUGAUGUUUUUUCUGGAGUCACAUUUUUAUGAAAUAUGAACUAUUAUAAAAUUGAGUGUGGUAUUUAGAAAUCUGGCACUUUAUCUGUAACAUCUUUAAAAUGUUGAUGGAAGCUUUUCUACUUAAUGUGAUUAUUGUGGUAGUAUUCUAGUCACUGUCUUGGUUAAUUUUAUUUAUUUUAAUGAUUAUUUUGUCAAAGGAUUAAUGGUUCUAAUCUUUUGCAUUCCAUGCUAACAUUAAACCUGUUUGUAUGAAUA